AUGAAGCGUCCGAUGGGGAUCGCGACGCACCGAUUAUCAGCACAUCGAUUCCAGCAGAUUCCCGACCUCCCCAACGAUUCCCACCAUCCUCACGAUCCUCACCACGUCAUGUCGAAUCCAAACGACGUGACGAUCGACAUUCCGUUGACGGAAACCCUGAGCCGGGGUCAGAAUGGCGUUCGCCGAUGGGGCUCCCAGACCGGCUCCUCCGCCCCCAUCAAUCACUCCCCAGAGGAAGGAGAGAAGGCGGCCCUGACCGGUCCGGGUCGUCGUCGUCGGCAUAAUACUGAUAUCAAUGAUUCCACGGGCAGGCCCUCGGAUGCCCCCGAAGAUGGGUCGGUCAAUGUGGUGGGCCGCAUUUACCAGGCCGUCUACAACUUCUCCGUCGUCACUCGGUACAUGAUCUAUGUGAUUCCCGUCGGUUUGUUGCUCGCGGUACCCAUUAUCGUGGGCGCCACUGUCGCACCGGAUGCGAAGAUUGGUGGCGUACACCUCUACUGGUUCUUCACCUGGAUUGAAGUCGUCUGGGUCAGCUUGUGGGCGUGCAAGCUCUUUGCCAAAAUCAUUCCUUAUGUGUUCCAAUUCCUGUGUGGUAUUGUCAGCGCGGGAACGCGCAAGUAUGCGCUGAUCCUGCGGGCCCUGGAGACUCCAAUUUCGUUAGUCUUGUGGUGCAUCGUUUCGCUGGUGACUUUCUUACCGAUUAUGACGUUGAACCCCAAUAAGAAAUCCAGCUCGGAUACCGACGUGACAUCAUGGGAGAAGAGUGUCAAGAACAUUCUGUUCGCUCUGCUUGUUUGCAGCCUCAUUUUCCUUGGCGAAAAGGCGCUCGUCCAGCUCAUCUCCAUCAGUUACCACCGCAAGCAGUUCGAUGCCAAAAUCAAACAGUCCAAGCACAAUGUCUACUUGGUUGGACUGCUCUUCGAGGCCUCUCGGAACAUGUUCCCCAUCUACUGCCCCGAGUUCAAGGACGAAGACGCCAUCAUCUUUGAUUCGCUUCUCGCCCAGGAUGCCGGAAAGACUAGCAAGCGCAGCUCGAUCAUGCCCUUGCGCAUGAUGCAGCAGGUGGGCCGGCAGGUCGGUCACAAUGUCGGGCGCAUCGGUGACAAGGUCACCGCUGCCUUUGGCAACGUUGCGUCCGAGCUCACGGGAAAGCAAGUGUUUAACCCGCAGGCCACUCGUUCGAUCGUCACCGAGGCCUUUGAACGCAAGCGAUCUGCUGCAGCGCUGGCUCGCCGGAUCUGGAUGUCAUUCGUCGUCGAAGGCCGGGACGCGCUUUACCUGGAAGACAUUGUUGAAGUUCUGGGCCCCGAGCACGAGGCGGACGCUGAAGAAUGUUUCGCAGCUCUGGACAAGGAUGGGAACGGUGAUGUGAGUCUGGACGAGAUGAUCCUCACGAUCAGUGAGUUUGGUCGGAUGCGCAAGUCUUUGAACCACAGCAUGCACGAUGUCGACCAGGCGAUCCACGUUUUGGACAACCUGCUGAUGAGCGUUGCCUUUGUCGUCGCCAUUUUGGUCUUUGUCUCUUUCGUCACCUCGGGCUUCGGGACCGUCAUCGCCGCUGGUGCUACGUCUCUGCUAUCGCUGAGUUUCGUUUUCGCCACCACGGCGCAAGAAGUCCUGGGCUCUUGCAUCUUCUUAUUCGUGAAGCAUCCCUUUGAUAUUGGCGACCGCGUCGACAUUGGCGAUAAGCCUUAUAUCGUGGAGCGGAUUUCGCUGCUCUUCAGUGUUUUCCGUAGCGUCGACGAUCACCGCAUGACGCAGGUCCCUAAUAACAUCCUGAACAGUCUAUGGAUCGACAACUUUACCCGCGCCAAUGCCAUGCAUGAGCGACUGACCGUUCCCGUGAGCUUCGAUACUUCCUUUGCCGAGAUCCAGGCCCUGCGUGAUGAGAUGGAGAUCUUUGUCCGUGAUCCAUCCAACAGCCGUGACUUCCAGCCCGACUUUGAAAUCGAGGUGGUCGGUCUUGGUGCGCUCGACAAGCUCGAGCUUCGCGUUGAUAUUCGUCACAAGUCCAACUGGUCCAAUGAGACCGUGCGCGCGGCUCGUCGCUCCAAAUUCAUGUGCGCGCUGGUCCUUGCGAUGCGCAAGGUCCACAUCCGAGCCCCCGGUGAGGCCGCUCCCGAGGAAGAAUCUGGCGAUGACAACGACGACGGAAAGGGCACCGCCGGUGCCGACUCGGGUGACAAGAAGCCUGUCCCGACUGAAUCUGGUCCCGCUGGAGGUCUCAGCCCGGCCGCCGCCGCUGCCGCGAAUGGCAUGGUGACUUUGGACGCGCAGACAACGGGCCUUGACGCCCACCACGCCUCAGGCUCCCUUCGGCACCGUGGAUCCACUGCGACCUCACGUGAAGCCGAGAUUGCAGACCGUUUGAACUCUCGCUCGCCUGCUUUGGCCGCCGUCGAUCCCAGCCGGGAUGGUGGCGAAGGCCUCUACCGCUCGACUACCAGCGCCUCGCACCAAUUGACCGUUGACCAUAAUUCCUCUCUCACGCGGGGACUCUCAACCGGUCACCGCAAGUCCGGCGUCCGGGCCUCCCUCCACGGUGAGGAUCAGAUGCAAGCCGCCCCCGGCGGCAUGUUCACAUCGCACAACGACGUACCUAUCCUUCAAACGCCCGCCCCUCCCAGCUCUCGCGGUAGCGCUCGCUACGAGCCCCCCACCGCGACCUCCCCCGAGUCUUCUUCAACCCAACCCAAUGCCCACCAACUAGGCUCGUUCACUCAGCCUUACUACAGCCACGAGAAUCCGUACGAUUCUGUCCCACUCGAUUCCAUCACGCCUGAUCGGGCAACCGCCUCAUCGAGUCAUUAUGAUGGGACGGAGCGGUACGACCCCAUCUCCCCGCCAUCUAUUUACUCACCAGUGCAGUCGCGGGCGCCUGCACAGAAUACGAGAAGGGAUCCAAAUGACCGAUCCCGAUCGCCUUAUGAACCAUAA